AGAAAAGGCUUCCAGGUUGUGCUGUAGGGAAAGGAGAGGGAUUUGUAAACCCCUGAGCAAGGUUCUGUCUGCCACUUGUCACUAUGUCUGACCCGGAUGCAAAACCUCCAACCAAGGACUUGCAGGGUAAGAAAGCAGGAGAAUACCUGAAAUUCAAAGUCAUUGGACAGGAUAGCAGUGACAUUCACUUCAAAGUAAACAUGACAACACACCUCAAGGAACUCAAAGGAUCAUACUGUCAAAGACAGGGAGUUCCAGUGAAGUCACUCAAUUUUCCCUUUGAAGGUCAGCGAAUUGCUGAUAAUCAUACUCCAAAAGAACUGAGAAUGGAGGAAGAAGAUGUGAUUGAAGUUUAUCAGGAACAAACUGAAGGCCGGGGGUGGGGUGGGGCAUUCAACAGUUUAGAUCUUCUUUUUACUUUCUUUUUCUUUUGCCUCAAUUCUUUUUUAUGUUUAAAAAAUAGUUCUUUUGUAAUGUGGUGUCAAAAUGGAACUGAAUACUGGCACUCCAUCUCUUUUAAACAUCUGUUAAGUUGGGCUCCAGUGGCUCACAUCUGUAAUCCUAGCUACUCAGGAGGCUGA